CCAUAGAUACAAAAGUUGAAGUUGAAUUAAAUAAUAUGUUGAGCAUAGCAUUGGCCAUUCAGUUCAAUCAUCAGCUCAAGUACUACUAGUAUCCUCAAUCAUUUAUCAAAUAUUAUGAAGCAAAUAAUUUUAUGCUUAAACCCUUAAACCAAUAGUGUACCUUAUAUCAAAAUACGACUCAAAAAAUUUGUUUGUGUAAAACCUGAUUUUCCCGCCAUUUCUUAUUACUCAAUAGCCUGAGAAUAUUGCUGUUCUUUGUUAGGAUAGGAGGUAGUUUUUCUUUCGGAAUAAUUAUAUAAACAUUUGAAAUGGAAACUAAUAACGAUGACCACGAUUCAAACGAGCAACAAGCGGAAAUAGAAUACAAAUACCCCAUGUUAUCAUUUGAAAAACAAAUCUUUAUGGAUGCGUUUGAGAAAGACGCACUCAUAAUUAUGGCUAAGGGACUUCAUUACAAUACUAUUUUAUGCAACUUACUAAACGUGUUCAUAGAUCCAAGCAAUUUGGUGCUAGUAAUCAAUAGCAGUGAACAUGAAGAAAAGUUUUUAACCGAUCACUUUAAAUUGUCAACAUUACCUAACCUCGGAACAGACAGGGAAAAGGCAUACUUAGAAGGUGGAGUGAUAAUUGUAUCCACACGCAUUCUAGUAGUAGACCUUUUAAAAAACAGAUUGCCAAUAUCCCACAUUACUGGUGUCAUUGUGCUGAGAGCUCACACAGUUCUGGAAUCAUGUCAAGAGGCUUUUGCUCUAAGGCUGUAUAGACAACAAAAUAAGACCGGCUUCAUAAAGGCGUUUUCCAAUUCACCAAUAUCAUUCACAUUUGGAUUUCAUCAAGUAGAGAAGGUUAUGAGAGCUCUUUUUCUUACUGAACUAUUCCUAUGGCCCAGGUUUCAUGGUACAGUGUUAAAAAGCCUCAAGAUCAGGCAAGCACCCGUAGAAGAGCUCCAUGUGCCACUAUCUACUAACACAUGUCACAUUCAGACAUGCCUCAUUGAUAUCAUGAACUACACUGUUAAGCAGCUGAAGAGCAUUAACAGAACUUUUGAUAUGCAGGAAAUCACAACAGAAAAUUGUUUAACCAAGAAAUUUCACAAAAUCCUACAGUCACAACUAGAUUGUGUUUGGCAUCAACUAAGUACAAGGACAAAAGAAUAUAUCCAAGAUCUCAAAGUUUUGAGGAGCAUGUUAUUAAACUUAAUCCACGAUGAUUCUGUCGGAUUCUAUGCCCUCGUCAGUAAAUACAGAACACCAGAAUAUGCCAAAGUAAACUCGGGUUGGAUUCUACUUGAUUCAGCUGAACAACUUUUUCGCUUAGCUAGAGGAAGAGUCUACAAUUCUAAAAAUGAAUUCGAUCCCGAGUCUUGUCCAAAAUGGGAAGUCCUUGGUAAUCUUAUGACGCAAGAAAUCCCACAAGAAGUAAAACAGAAGAAAAAUGGUUCACUCAAAAAUACCAAAAUCUUAAUUCUGUGUCAAGAUAUGAAAACCUGCAGUCAGCUCAACCAUUAUCUUACUAUGGGUGGACAUAAAUAUCUGUUUUACAAUGCUUUUAGAAAAGAAUUGACAGUGAACAAAGUAUCAAAGAAGUACACAAGUUUAACGAAUACUGUACCAGUUGAAGCCGAAGCAAAGAAAGAAAAAGGUAAGAAGACAAAAAAAGAUAAAGAAACAGCAUCAAAAGAAGAUGAAAGCGAGAAAACAAAUGAAUUGGACAAUGAGGAAGACGAUGAUUUCAACCUGGAUGAUGCAAAUAAGUCUAAUUACGUGUUAACUUUAACACAAGUGUCUAAACAAAGCAAAAAUAAUAAAACUCUAAAUGAAGAAAGCAUCUUUGAACCCAUUUCCCAACUCGAUAGUUUAGAUAUAACUCAAAUAGAAUCAGAAAAACCUCUCAUCUACAUUCAGACAUUUAAAGAAAAUGGCAACAAUUUCUCACUUGAUAGGACAUUAGAAUUUAUUCGUCCUGAGUACAUAAUUUUGUACCACACCGAUGUCGCUGCAGUGCGGCAGAUAGAAGUGUUCGAAUGCAGGAAGAGACAUGACGAACCAACAACGAAAGUUUAUUUCAUAAUUCAUGAUAAAACCGUGGAAGAACAGGCUUAUCUAACUACUUUAAGAAGAGAGAAGCAAGCUUUUGAGUUACUAAUUCAGACAAAAUGUGUGAUGGUUGUGCCGUCGUAUCAAGAUGGCAAGACGGACGAGUAUUUCAAUCUCAAUGUCGUAGAAGAAGACAAUGUGGAUACUAGAAAAGCUGGCGGACAAAUUCAGAAUAAGGAGAAACCAUUAGUCAUAGUGGAUAUGAGAGAAUUUCGUUCAGAUCUCCCAUCGUUGUUGCAUAAAAACGGUAUUAAUAUCGAACCUGUGACAAUUGCUAUUGGGGAUUACAUCUUAACACCCGACAUUUGUGUGGAGCGAAAAUCAAUAUCGGACCUUAUCGGGUCUCUAAAUUCCGGCCGUUUAUACACGCAGUGCACGCAGAUGUGUCGCAAUUACAGCCGUCCUAUUCUGCUCAUCGAAUUCGACCAGAACAAGCCUUUUAACUUGCAGGGUCACUUUGUAGUGUCGAACGAUAUUUCGGGGGUAGACAUACAACAGAAAUUGCAACUGCUCACGAUACAUUUCCCAAGAUUGAAACUAGUGUGGUCUCCCAGUCCGUAUGCUACGGCGGAGUUAUUUUAUGAACUAAAGCAAGGAAGAAAAAAUCCAAAUGCAUCUGAAGCACUAGCACUUAGCGGAGAUAACACGGCAGAGGAUAUAAAUUAUGAGAGAUAUAACAUCAUGGUCCACGAUUUCGUGCAGAAACUGCCAGGUGUGACAUCAAAGAAUAUUGCCAGGAUUAUGAACAAGGGCAUCUCCUUAGAUCAUCUUAUUAUACUCACUAAAGAACAAAUAGCAGAAAUAAUCGAAAAUACGAAAGAAGCAGAUGUUUUGCAUUCCAUAUUACACAAGAACGCCAAUCCUACGGACGCGACCAAGAAAGACGAAAAACUAUAUGGUAAGAGGAAAUUUUCAAAACUGUUUGUAACGAAGAGUAAAUAAUAACAUUGUUAUUAGUUUCAAAAGCUUAAUUUAUUUGU